AUGGAAGGCAUCUCCACCAUUGUCCACGCCGUCCUGGUCCUGUUUCUCAUCAUCGAGCUGGGCCUGACUGCUUACCUCGUCAGCAUCUCCCACGGCCACGAAUCCCGCUUCAACUUUAUGCUGUUCAACUCGCUCUGGACCCUCAUCGUCAUCGUCUACACUGGCCUCGUCAAGCGCGCCUUCUCCAGCCUCUACCACGGCAUCGUCGGCCUCGCCCUGCUCGCCAUCACCGCCAUGUUCUGGUUCGCCGGCUCCAUCGCCAUUGCCGCCAAGAUCCCCAUCCACUGCCACGGCGUCCACAGCUGCCAGGUCGCCCAGGCCGCCACCGCCUUUGGCUUCUUCAUCUGGGCCAUUGCCACCGCUCUGGCUGUCAUUGAGGGUCUGGCCUCGCGCGGCGGAUCGCGCGUCUAA